CUUUGUAACAUGGGAUGGUUGCCUACAAAUGGAAGAUCGGGUCAGAGCCGUGUUGUUCUUUGAAGAGUCAAGUGUGAACUCCGUGCCUUACGUUCAGCAGCUUAUCAAAAGAGAGCAAGGCAACGUGGCUGUGGUGGGAGGAAAAUCUCAUCAGGAUCUCUAUGCCAUGCGGCACUCGGGGAAAGGUAUCCUUGGCAUGGCGGUUUGUGGUGAGAACGUGACGGCAGCAAGCGUUGUCAUCUCCACGUCGGUGAUGGAAGAGGAAAUGACACGUCAAGCCAUGUCUAAGUUCCUGAAGUUCUAUGAUCCGAACAAGACCAGCGUUGCCUUCUUCAUCACCUGCAUUGGACGUAUCGAGGACCAAAUGUGGUGCGGGCCUGCGUAUGAGGUUAAGAUGUUCAGAAAGAUGUACCCUACUACCCCAGUGUUUGGUGCCUUCGUCUACGGCGAGACUUGCUUCGAGUUUCUGCCUCAUCCUCCCGGCAGCGUCGAAUGGCAAUUACAGCAAGAAAAAAACAAAAAAAUUUUGGCAAUGUCAACUAAUAGUCUAUCAAAUGUAAUCGAGUGCAGCUAUUCAACUUGCAUUUUAUUUCUGCAGUUCGAGUGACUGCAAUAAAAGUAGCUGGCGACGUCCACAUUUCCAUUAACUUGGAUGUUAUAUCCUGAAGCAUCGGUUGGAGAUUCGUUCCUAGAACUGAAUAGAUUCUUCGAUGAAACUUCGUCAAUUGAAAGGGAAGUUUGCUUUUGUUGAAAUAUUUAGGUUAAGUAAAAUUUUUUCAAGCCAAA